AGGAGUCCGCCGCUUUUGCAAAACCCUUGCCGCCUCUUCUUCUCUCUUUCCUUCUUCCCAAUCGACGACCAUGGGCGUCGAACUCGGGCAAGACCUCGAUAUGAACGACGACGGCGGUUACUCCGACUACGACCUAGCUCUGCACGUCAAGGAUGUUCUCCUCUCAGUCUCAUCUGGCGAUGUUGUGUCUGUUGAGAACUACAGAGAGCUCGUCGGUCGUCUGUACCGGCCAGCACGGCACUCUCCCGAUGACGUCGCCAAGCUCGUGGCUAGCUUGAAGGGACUGUCCGGCGCAGCUUCUUAUAUUGACAGUGCUGUACACGUUGGCCUUCUCAAUCCGCUUUUCGAGAUGAGCUUGUGGAACUAUGGGCCUGAUGUGAUGGACGCGUUGAUUGAGUUGAUUAUUUCCUUGGCUGCUUCAAGUGGGAAGUAUGUUGAUCUAUGCCUGGCUAUGCUUACACGCCAUUUCGAGACGCCUCCACGUUUCCUGGAGAAGUUGAAGUUGCCCUAUGGCCUUACAAAGAAGGACCAAGUUUUAUCUCGUGUGCAUUCAGCUCUUAAAGAUAUAUCUGAGGUGGUUCCGCUUUCCCCUGCAAGAAUGGUGACUAUAGUUUCUGAUCAUCUAGAGCUAUAUCGCCAAAAGAGGGGAACUAGUACACAUGGUCUUGUGAUAUUCGUAGAGAACAUGUUAAAGUUGGAGGGUGGUGCACUUAGCGAAGUCGUUCGAGUUUCCAUGCUCACGAAGGUGGUGGAAUUGCUGCUGCAUUUGGAUGUUGAAAUGGGAUCAUGGGACAAAGUGUUACAAGAUCAUGGAAUAUUUCAGAUGGAGCUAGAAGAUGUGGAUGACUUCUCAGAAGAUUUCCUGAAUGAUGGUACAGAGCAAGCAAGAGAAGCAACUAUAAACGGUGUAACUUUGAAAAGUUCUGCUGAAAAGUUGGAUACCUUGAUUGUGUUAACUUUUGAGCACCUUGAAUCCUGUGAAGCUAGUGGCCGAUUGAGUGAGGUCUUCAAAACUCUUCUCGAGACAUUUAGGAACAAAGUUCUGACCACAUGCAAGUCAAAGUUUGUCCAGUUUGUGAUGUUUUAUGCCUGUGCUCUUGAUCCUGUAAACUGUGGUGAGGAAUUUGCCACAAACCUUGUCGAAAUUUUUGUUUACGAUGCCAACCUCACAUCUCUCAGGAUGAGAGCUGUUGCUUACCUUGCUAGCUACUUGUCACGAGCGAUGUUUAUGUCGGCCUCUGUAGUUGCGCAAACCUUAAAAAGGUUGGUGGGCUGGUGUUUUAAUUUUGUCAAAACGAAGAAAGGUGGAGUAAACCCAGAGAACGAUAAACUAUUUUAUGCUGCAUGUCAGGCCAUCAUGUAUUUGCUGUGCUUCCGAAUGAGAUCUUUGAUGGAUGAUCCUCAAUCCAAGUCAUUGCUUGCUGGUCUACCUUUAGAGUCCAUUUUGAGCACUCAAAUUAGCCCAUUGAAGGCGUGUGUGCCUUCCAUAGUGAAGGAGUUCUUAUGGCAAGCGAAUGCUGCUGGCUUAAUCACGGCUGAUGAAUUUGAUUUUGAUGAUGAUCUGGAAUCAGAAUAUUCAUGGGUGUGGGGUGGAAAGGAAGAGCUUCACAAGUUGUUCCCUUUUGACCCAUGUUUGCUAAGAAAUAGUGACAGAUUCAUACGGCCCAAUUUCAUAUACUGGUCAAUGGUUCAACGAACAUAUGACGAUGAGGACAAAGAAGGUUCCAGCGAUGAAGAUGGUGACGAAGCUUUUGCGGUUGACAAUGAGGAGAAUGUGAUGGAUUACGAGAUAUUGCAAUGCUUGGAGGAACAACAAUUCGGUGAAGUCGACAAUGCAUUAAACAAAAUGUCCAUCACACCAAAGGAUUCGUUACACAGCAGAUUCGGUGGUGCGGUAAAUAAACCCAUGCGAAUGCCCUCGCAAAUUAGACCGUCCACAAGUCCAGAGUCUUUGUAAAUUGGAAGUUCUUCCUCGCCCCCUCUUUCUUGGAACUGAAUUGGUUGUACAAACAAGACAUUCAACUUGCCACAAAGGAUGUGGCCAUUUGAUAAUGUGAGAUGUUGUAAUGCUAGGGCUGCUGAUUCCUUUUUUGUUGUUUAAGUUUUAUGUACCAAAAAGACUAGAAAUUGUAAGAUUUGGCAAUCUGCCAGACUAAUGCUCCUAAUCUGCAAAUAUGCAGGUCUUUGAAAUUGAACUUAAAUCUGAUAAAAGU